AGUGGGGAGCGACGAAAGCCAUGACACAAGUGAAGCUACUCUCGUCUCGUGUCUCGUUGCCGUUAUUUAAACACCCCUUAUCUUUCCCUCCUCAGGCUCAAAAGCCUUGCCCUUCCCUGUUCUGCUCCUCCUCGUUCUCUGUGAUGCUGAGGCUAAAAGCUCUCACCUUCCUGCUCCUGCUCCUCCUCCUCGCUCUCUGCUCCGGCGUUCAUCUGUGCGACGCGAGGAGCGGCACGCGCUGGAGUCGGACGACGCGAGGCGGUGGUAGCGGGGCGGCACCGUCCGCCUCCGCUGCUGCGAUCGGGAGGAAAGGGAAAGCGAGAAGCAGCGGCUCCUCCCACAGGCAAAGCGGCGAAGGGAGUCGGAGCCCGACCGACGGCGACCCCGUGCAGGGCGACGGAAGCCAGGCUCCACCACCACAGGAUACUACGGUCUUCAGCGUGGUGGAGUUCGGAGCCAAGGGUGACGGCGUUACAGAUGACACUCAGGCCUUUGAAGCAGCGUGGGCAGCAGCGUGCAAGGUGGAGGCGUCUACGGUUCUUGUACCAUCUGGGCUCGAGUUUGUCGUGGGCCCGAUCUCGUUCUCUGGGCCUUACUGUAAACCGAACAUCCUGUUCCAGCUAGAUGGAACUAUUUUGGCCCAAACCAGCGCAAGAGCAUGGGGCUCUGCUGGUCUGUUGCAGUGGCUGGAGUUCACGAAGCUAACCGGAAUCGCGGUCCAAGGCAGCGGUGUGAUAAACGGCAGGGGCCAGGACUGGUGGACGUAUGCAGACCCAAACGAUGCCGACGACGAGUCUGUGGAGAUGCUGCUGCCACGGACUAAGCCCACGGCGCUGAGGUUCUAUGGCAGCUCCAAUGUCACGGUAGCUGGGAUCACGAUCGUGAACAGCUCCCAGUGCCACCUCAAGUUCGACAGCUGCGAGGGCGUCAUGGUCCACGACCUGAGCGUCUCGUCCCCCGAGGACAGUCCCAACACCGACGGGAUACACCUGCAGAACUCCAGGGGAGUCGACAUCCACCACGCGACACUGGCCUGCGGCGAUGACUGCAUCUCCAUACAGACGGGGUGCAGCGACGUGAACAUACACAGCGUGAACUGUGGGCCAGGGCACGGGAUCAGCAUCGGUGGUCUAGGGAGGUUCAACACGAAGGCGUGCGUGUCCAACGUCACCGUACGAGAUGUCAAGAUGUUCAGGACAACGACGGGUGUCAGAAUCAAGACAUGGCAGGGCGGGUCGGGGCUGGUGCAGGGCGUGAGGUUCUCGAACAUCCAGGUCACGGAGGUGCAGACGCCCAUCAUGAUAGACCAGUUCUACUGCGACAGGGCGACGUGCAGGAACCAGACGUCGGCGGUGGCCGUCUCGGGCGUCCAGUACGAGGACGUCAGGGGCACCUUCACCGUCAGGCCCGCGCACCUGGCGUGCAGCGACAGCUCGCCCUGCUCGGGGAUCACCCUCGCCGGGAUACAGCUCCAGCCCCUGCCGCUGCCGCAGCACCGCCGCCUGUCGUACGACCCCUUCUGCUGGCAGGCGUUCGGGGAGCUGUACACCCCCACCGUGCCCCCCAUACCUUGCUUGCAGAUCGGCAGGCCGGCAGCAGGGAACAGCGUGCUGUCCGACGGCGACCUUUGCUGAAACGCCGAUCGGUUCAUCAGUUAAGCUAAGGCGGUCGUCGUGAUGCUUCCGACCCCUGCUUUGCACGAUGUGGAUUGUGGAGUGUCAGUUGAUGAUGCAUCAUGCAUGCAUGCGUACGUGGGAUACUUGAGGCCGAUUUAUUAUAUUGAUGCGAGCCGAUC